UAAAGAACACUUUUGCGUCUGCUGGCUCUUUGUGGCUGACUAACUAAAACUUAGGCUAUUAUUUAGGUCUAUUAAAUUAAGUAUUUAUUUAGAUCUAGAUCUAGUAUUUAAAUUAGUAUUAGCCUAGUAUUAGAUCUAGGACUAUUAGCCAAAGAUCUAAAUCUAGAUUCUAGGUCUAUUUAUGAUACUGGGCGCUAACAACAGUCAGUUUAGUAAAUUAUUAUUAAUAUUAGUCACCACAGUCAGUCCACUGUUGUUCAGUUAUCAAGUUAUCAGUUUUAUCACCUACUUUAUUCAGUGUAAUUCACUUAUUCAGCUUUCACGGAUUAACAUUAUUUAAUAUUUAUUAUUAUUAAAACAACUGAACAUUUUGUGAAGACGAAUCUCAGCUGUCAAUCCUUAUCCUGAGCUCUAGAUUCUAGGUCAAGUCUAGAAUCUAGUUCUAGAGAUCUGGUCUAGAUCUAGCUAGAUUAGAUCUCUAAAGAGAAAAAGUGCAACUUUGAGCUCAAUGUUUGUUAACUUGGUAAAAACCUUUCUGAAGCAACAGAAUGGCUAACAAAUCGUAAAGAUAAAACAUUGUUGGCCUUUUUCAAAAACUCCUGUAAUUGACUCAAGCCAUGUCGGAAGUUGAUUCAUUUAACCUGGAUACUCAGUUGGAUCUUAAAAAAAAUGCAGGAUCCAAUCUGGUAAAAAUGAACACAGCAAAGGAUUUGAAUAGAUACACUGACAAAACAGGAAAUGAAAUUGUAGAAGAUAAAGACAACUGCAAAGAGGAGUCUAAUGAUAGUGAUAAAAGUGUCAGCCAACAGAUAGAUGGGGCGCCGGGAAUAGACAGCCGCAGUCUUAAGAAUACUACUUCAAGUAAGGAUGACAAUGAAAAGAAAAAGAAAAAAAGACGAAAGAGAAAAAAAGGAGGUGGUGUGGCCAUUGCGGAAGAUUUAAAUCUGAAAGGGGCACUAAAAAAACUCUGUCCUAAUGAGGAGGACAAUAAAGUAGCUGCCAAUAUGCAGUGCCAAAUCAGCAACAAAUAUAAUAAACUCACUGAAAAAGCAUCAUCAGAAAAUAAAAACAUUGACAUUAAGACAGGACAUGACAAAUCCUGUCAGGGGCAAUCUAACACUAGAUGCAACAAUGAGCUGCCCGCGAUCAAACUCAAUGAGGCAUAUGAAAACGGAUGUCAAGCUUUCAUAGGGCCUGUAACAGCUUUCAAAGGCAGUGUUGCAGAGUCAGGUUCUACAUUCAACGGCCACAGUAAGGAAGUUGGAAUAUCUGACACACUAUUGGAUGGCCAGUGUAAGGAAGUUGGAAUAUCUGACACACUAUUGGAUGGCCAGUGUAAGGAAGUUGGAAUAUCUGACACACUAUUGGAUGGCCAGUGUAAGGAAGUUGGAAUAUCUGACACACUAUUGGAUGGCCAGUGUAAGGAAGUUGGAAUAUCUGACACACUAUUGGAUGGCCAGUGUAAGGAAGUUGGAAUAUCUGACACACUAUUGGAUGGCCAGUGUAAGGAAGUUGGAAUAUCUGACACACUAUUGGAUGGCCAGUGUAAGGAAGUUGGAAUAUCUGACACACUAUUGGAUGGCCAGUGUAAGGAAGUUGGAAUAUCUGACACACUAUUGGAUGGCCAGUGUAAGGAAGUUGGAAUAUCUGACACACUAUUGGAUGGCCAGUGUAAGGAAGUUGGAAUAUCUGACACACUAUUGGAUGGCCAGUGUAAGGAAGUUGGAAUAUCUGAAACACUAUUGGAUGGCCAGUGUAAGGAAGUUGGAAUAUCUGACACACUAUUGGAUGGCCAGUGUAAGGAAGUUGGAAUAUCUGACACACUAUUGGAUGGCCAGUGUAAGGAAGUUGGAAUAUCUGACACACUAUUGGAUGGCCAGUGUAAGGAAGUUGGAAUAUCUGACACACUAUUGGAUGGCCAGUGUAAGGAAGUUGGAAUAUCUGACACACUAUUGGAUACCCACAACAUGAAGGACAAAACGGAUCUAAUAUUGGAAAACUCAACAAAAACUGAAGAAAUGGAAAAGCCACUCUUACAUACUGUGUAUAGCCAACAGUCUGGACCACAGUACUAUGUAUCUGAUACUGGACUGAUUGAGUUACAUUUAGAAGCAGAUCAGUGGUACUGAUUUCCCCCUUUGUCAUAACAGUAGGGU